CCUCCUCCCCCCCCCCCCGAUCUGCCAGAAUACCAUGAAGAAUUAUGAGGAUGUGUGACCGAAGUAUCCAGAUGUUGAUCACCACCGUGGGAGCCUUCGCCGCCUUUAGCUUAAUGACCAUCGCCGUGGGCACAGACUACUGGUUGUAUUCCCGAGGCGUGUGCAGGACUAAAUCUACAAGUGAUAAUGAGACCAGUAGGAAGAACGAGGAAGUCCUGACCCACUCCGGGCUCUGGAGGACCUGCUGCCUGGAAGGAACUUUUCGAGGAGUGUGUAAGAAAAUUGAUCACUUCCCUGAAGAUGCUGAUUAUGAACAAGACACCGCUGAGUAUUUGCUGCGGGCCGUGAGAGCAUCCAGCAUCUUCCCCAUCCUGAGCGUGGGGCUGCUCUUCUUCGGGGGUCUGUGCGUGGCCGCCAGCGAAUUCUACAAGAGCAAGCACAACGUCAUCCUCAGCGCCGGGAUCUUUUUUGUAUCCGCAGGUUUAAGCAACAUUAUCGGAAUUAUAGUCUAUAUAUCAGCGAACGCGGGCGACCCCGGACAAAGCGACUCGAAGAAAAGUUACUCUUACGGCUGGUCCUUCUACUUUGGAGCCUUAUCCUUCAUCAUUGCCGAGAUGGUGGGCGUCAUCGCUGUGCACAUUUACAUAGAGAAGCACAGGCAGAUCCGAGCCAAAUCCCACUCCGAGCUGCUGAAGAAAUCCACCUUCGCCCGCCUCCCCACGUACAGAUACAGAUUCCGAAGGCGAUCGAGCUCCCGCUCCACGGAGCCCCGGUCCCGGGAUCUGUCCCCCAUCGGGAAAGGUUUCCACGCCAUCCCUUCCACUGACAUCUCCAUGUUCACCCUCUCCCGGGACCCCUCCAAGGUCACCAUGGGGACCCUCCUCAGCGCGGAGCGGGACCACACUUUUUUACAAAUCCACAACUCCAUCCCCAAAGAGUUCAAGGAAUCGCUGCACAACAAUCCCGCCAACAGGCGCACUACGCCCGUGUGAACUCGACUCUGCCCGGGGGGGGGGGGGGGGGCUCCGCCCCCAGCGGACCCCUCUCCCGGCCCUCCCCCACGCUGACCUCUUCUGGGGGGGGAAGGGGAACGAGGGGAAGUGUACAGAGUGUCCUUCAGGUUGCAUGACAUGAACCUAGUGGUGGUAUUACCAGUGAAACCCCUGUUUAUAAAGACCAAAAGCAAAUGAUCCCUCCCCCGCCGUCCCGCCCCCCC